AUCAACACUAUGAGCAUGCUAACGAAUGGAUAAUGAUGAGGCAACGGCCCCUGCAGAGCAAGUGCAGGCUAUCAAUCUGGUAUCUCCGAGGGGCGAUGUGAGUGAGAUGAGUGUGGUGUUGAAGAAAAUUUCCUGGCAUCUCUUUAACUCAAGCAAAUACUGUGAGAGGAGUUUGAAAAGAUGAAUUGUGACCAUGACAAGGAACAUGGCCGGUCACCAAUUGGAUCAAAAUCCAGCUUUCGUGAAGAUGACCCGCAAGUUCAUUCAGUUCCAAGUGUAUCAACUUUUCAAAACUCUGAGUCAUCUGACAAAAAAGACCUAAAAUCUACCAGAACAUGUCUAAAGGAUAAUGAACUCUCACCAACAGAUGAACUUUCUAGGAAGGAAAACUCAUGUCUCAUUUCUCCUCUCAGUAAAACAAAACCACUAGCAUUUGACGUGCAUAUCAAAGAAGUCCCAGCAGAUGUGAAAAAGCCACUUCAAGACGCACCUGGCAGAGACAUCAGUGAUGCUUUUCCUGUCUGUGUUCAGCUACCCACAAACCACCUCAAAAACGCACAUAUCACCGCUUUUAAAGCAACACACCGUCAUAGCAAAAUCAGCCACUCCUCCACCUCCACGUUGAAAAGUCGCCUGAGCCUGAAAGCCCCUGCUGAAGACCUGUGUGCAUCCUUUCUGUUAGCGUGUUUGUUCUGCAAGUUUUGGGAUUGCUUGCUGGCUGUUGGUGAUGGUUGUCAAUUCUGCGUGGCCUCAAUCUGCACAUCUUUCUGCUCUCAAGCAUGUUGUUGCGACCCUUCCUCUCUGGAGGACUUCAUAGAUUUUUGCCAGUGUUGCAGCUGUGCCGAGUACAUGGAGGCGUGCGGCUGCAGUUGUGGAGAAAAAAUCUUCGACUGCUCCAUGUGCGACAUCUGUCUACAGACGGCCGAGUGUCUGGAGCUUGGCAUGGAACUCUCUCAGCUUCUGUUUCACUAGCGGCAUAGUCUCAUUGUCAUUUAUAUACUGGUCAUGACUAUCAAAUAAGGCUGGAAUGCAAUGUGCUGAUUUCACAAGCAUGUAAAUCUGCCGGUUGAUUGUGGCUAUGAUACUGCACGGCUGCAUUUACACACAUGAACUACAAUAUAUUAAAAUAGUAACGUUUUUGUCCAGCUUAUUCCAAUUUGAGAGUAAACAUAAUUGGUCAAAUAAAUUGUCAAAGAAUUGCAAAAAAAUAUUUUUAUGUAUAUAUAUGGCAAGACAAUGUUAGAAUGCAUUACACUAAAUGUAUCUCAAAUAUAAACAUUUUUUUAUGUUUUAAAGCUCUUUUGUUUGAAAAGAAUGCAAGUUAGCCAAUGUAUGCAAAAGAGCUACUAGAUUUUGUUUUAUUUGUUUAAAACUGAUAACUUGCACAUCAAAUAUGGCAUAUUAAAUGUUGAGAUGAAACUGGAGGUAAAUGUGAGAAUUUGAUUGAAUAAACAAUGACAAAUGAGUUAUAUUUUUGUAUGGAGAUCUUUAAAAAAAAAACAAAAAAACAAGACAAACAUUUGAAAAAAAGUCAAGCAUAAGAUUAUUUCAUCAGAUCAGUUUAUUUUAGCCAAUUAUAUGCACCAACACAUUAGAAUUUAAAUAUUUUUUUCUCAAUUAUAAAUUAUGCGCUUCAAAAAAUCUGUUUAUAAUAUAAAAAAAGAACACAUUUGAGUAUAGAUGCAAUGAAAGUAAAGACGGCAAUAAAGAGGGCAGCUGAAAAAUAACUGGCAAUUCGGUUUUAAUGAGUAGAAAUAUGUCUUUAGACACACACCAAUGCUUAUUUCUAAGGACUGUACUGUCAGCAGAUGCGACAAACAUUUGUAUUGCUUAAAUUGUGACUUCACAUAAAUCAUUUCAAACAUUCAAGUUUUGAAAUAUAUUUUCCAAGUCUAUGCUUUUAGCUUUAAAUCAUAUAGUUUUAUAUAUCAUACAUUCAUUUGAAUUGCUGCAGAACUCGCAGAGAA